AUGGUAGGAAGAAAUAAUUCUUUUGAGGUGGAAUUUAUUCUCUUGGGAUUUUCUGACUUUCCUCACUUCCAUGACAUUCUGUUUGGCAUUUUCUUGGUUAUCUACAUGAGUAUCUUUUUGGGAAAUGGCUUAAUCAUUUUAAUAGCCAUGAUUGAUCCAACUCUCCAAACCCCGAUGUAUUUCUUCCUUGGAAACUUUUCUUUCUUGGAAAUCUGUUACACAUCAAUCACCAUUCCCAGAAUGCUGACAGACCUUUGGACCCAGAAACAAAAUAUUUCUCUAUUAGCUUGUGCUGUACAACUUGGCUUUCUGCUUAUGCUAGGCGCCACUGAGUGUUUCCUUUUGACUGUAAUGGCUUAUGAUCGUUAUGUGGCUAUCUGUAAGCCUCUGAAUUAUCCCCUCAUCAUGAACCACAAAAUGUGUGUACAGCUAGUUUCUUGCUCCUGGACUAUUGGGAUUCCAGUCCAGCUAGGUCUAACAUACCAGAUUUUCUCUUUACCAUUCUGUGGCUCUAAAAAACUCAAUCAUAUUUUCUGUGAUAUCCGUCCAGUACUAAAGGUGGCCUGUGGUGAUACUUCUGUAAAAGAGUUCUCUCUUUAUGCUACUGUUGUUAUGUUUGGAGUAGUUCCCUUUGUAUUGAUACUCUGCUCCUACAUCAGAAUCAUAGGGACUAUCCUGAAGCUGCCAUCAGCCAUGGGAAGAUCCAAAGCCUUCUCCACAUGCUCCUCUCAUGUCAUUGUUGUUGCUUUAUUCUUCUUGUCUGUCAUUGUUACAUAUUUACAGCCUAAGUCUGCUCAUUCUGAAGGAAAUGAUAAUUUUUUUCUCUUUUCUACACCAUUGUAA